CGCAGACGACACAUUGCCCCCUCUUUCACAUAUAUCCCCUUUCUGAGGCUUCCAUUACCGCCUCUCUUGCAUUACCGCCAUUUAACUCUCCGCGGGAGUAUUGUCGAGCCAAUAUUGUUAAUCGUCUUUUGACGUUGGAAGCUCGGAGCGUUCGCCGCGCUGGAUCGUCGCAGGCUAGACAAAGGACAGAAAAGAUAGAUUUUUCAUAUCAUUUGCGUUCCACUAGCUAUUUUCCGGGCUUACUUGUUUCUCCGAAUCGACGACCUCGUUGGCUAAUCGUCGGAUAUCUUGACAUCGAUAACUUCAAGUUUAUUUCGAUUCACCUCCGCUCCUCGUUAGACCUUCCUCACAUAUACCGUCACAAUGGAUCAUACGAGAGAUCCCUGCCCUUGGGUUGCGUUGAGUGAUUUCGGCGGUGCCUUUAGUAUGGGAGCCAUCGGUGGUGCAGUCUGGCACGGCGUGAAAGGUUUUCGAAACAGCCCUUACGGCGAACGGCGGAUAGGUGCCAUCACGGCAAUCAAGGCUCGAGCCCCCGUUGUUGGUGGAAACUUCGGUGUAUGGGGUGGCCUGUUCUCGACAUUUGACUGUGCAGUUAAGGGGAUAAGGAAGAAGGAGGAUCCGUAUAAUGCCAUUAUCGCGGGCUUUUUCACAGGAGGCGCGCUUGCCAUUCGCGGUGGUGUGAGAGCGGCCAGAAACUCCGCCAUCAUGUGCGGCUGUUUCUUGGCUGUGAUUGAAGGCGUCGGAAUUGGGUUCCAAAGAAUGUUCGCGGAAAAUACAAGAUUAGAUGUUCCACCGCCUCCUCCAGCAGCAGGAGACAAAUCAUCGCCGACUCCAAUGCUAGCUUAAUCGUCGGGCUAUAUAUUAUUUUUGCCCCCCCGGGAUUCCCGCGCUAAGAAUCCAAUUUCUAUCCCCUUAAUCUCUCCUCUUGUCUGCGGGAGUUCGGUCGUGGGCUUAUAUCAUUUCUCUGAGGCAUGGGCAUAGAUGUUUCUCUUCUGUCAAUGAUGUCUGUCUAUCUAUGGCGUGGUCCCAUUUUAUUUCCUCCUUAGUUUUUUUUUUUUUUUUCAAGUAAAAUUUUCUUCUUUUACCUUCGUCUUUCAUAUUUCCUCUUAUUUUUCUCUUGUCGUUUUUUCCAAUUUUCUACAUCAUUUCCUUUCCUUUCCGAACAGGCACCGACUAAGCCAACAUCCGUCUACCCCCGGCGAACUUCCCCCUAUGAAUGCUAUCUGUGUUUAUUAGUGGGGUGGUUUCUAAUGAGUUUUAGCUCCUCUGACGAUACUUUGGACCGGGUCAAGGAUAAGCAGUAACAUUGGGUACCGAUUCUGUGUAC